AUGCCGACCUCUAACGGUCAUGGUGACAUGACCGCAGCCAUCACGAAUGGCACCUCCAGUCCAAGCAAAGACUCCUCGGGGCUGCAGACCACGAAGUCCAACAUUGGCGUCUUCACCAACCCGAAACAUGACCUUUGGGUUGCUGAAGCGUCGCCAACCCUUGCAGAAGUCCAGGAUGGAAAAGACCUAAGAGAAGGAGAAGUCUACAUCGGCAUCAAAAGCACAGGGAUAUGCGGCUCAGACGUACACUUUUGGCACGCCGGGUGUAUAGGCCCUAUGAUCGUCACGGACGACCAUAUCCUCGGUCACGAAUCUGCCGGCAUCAUAUUAUCCGUCCACCCCAGUGUCACAAAUUUGAAACCAGGUGAUCGAGUGGCCAUUGAGCCGAAUAUCCCGUGCUUCAAAUGCGAGCCAUGCUUGACUGGCCGAUACAAUGGAUGCGAAAAUGUCGAGUUUCUCUCCACGCCACCCGUGGACGGCCUGCUGAGGAGAUACGUCAAACACCCUGCCGUGUGGUGUCACAAGAUUGGGAAUAUGAGUUACGAGAACGGCAGUCUUCUAGAGCCACUUUCCGUGGCUCUGGCAGGGAUGGAUCGUGCCGGCAUUAGGCUUGGGGAUCCUGUGCUGGUGUGUGGCGCUGGACCGAUUGGCUUGGUGACACUGCUGUGCUGCGCUGCAGCCGGUGCAUGUCCCCUCUUGAUCACUGAUAUCGACGAGGGACGGCUAAAAUUCGCCAAAUCCCUGGUACCACGAGUCACCACGUUCCAGGUCCCCAGGGGAGUCUCUGCAGAGGAAUGCGCCGAGCAGAUUGUGUCCGCAAUGGGCGGCAUCCGGCCCCGCGUCGCGAUGGAAUGCACGGGUGUCGAAUCAAGUGUCAACUCGGCAAUCUGGUCGGUCAAGUUCGGCGGCAAAGUGUUCGUGAUCGGCGUCGGCAAGAACGAGAUGACGAUCCCCUUCAUGAGGCUGUCCACGCAAGAGAUCGACCUUCAGUACCAGUACCGGUACAGCAAUACGUGGCCGAAAGCGAUCAGGCUGGUGGAGAGCGGGGUGAUUUCGCUGGAGAAAUUGGUGACACAUCGGUUCAACAUGAGCGACGCGGUUGCUGCUUUCCAGACGGCGAGCGACCCGAAGAGCGGAGCCAUCAAGGUCCAGAUCAAGAACGACGACAGUUUAUGA